UGGCUGAUUAGUUUUUAAAUUUUUUUUUUAAAUCAGACCAAGAAAAAAGGUUGAGGGUGUUCUUACUGUCUGAAUUGAAUGAGACAGAGACACGAAGACAGGGAUUUUGUCUUCAAACUUCAAAUCCCAAAACAAAUGGCCACCGUUGAAGACAGUGCUUUCCUUUUCUACUCUUCUUCCAUGGCGUCUUUAGUCUCUCACCUCUCCAAGAAACUUAAACCCUUAUUUCUAAUCACUUUGCUAACAACAGCCGUAGUAGCCUCAGAACAACAGUGUCGGAAUAUCAAAUCAAUCAUCAGCUUCGGCGAUUCCAUUACCGACACCGGAAACUUGCUCCACCUCUCCUACCCUAACAACCUUCCUCAGUCUGCGUUUCCUCCGUACGGAGAAACCUUCUUCCACAUCCCCACCGGUCGUUUCUCCAAUGGCCGCCUCAUCAUCGACUUCAUAGUCUCUUGGGAUCUGUUUACAGCUGAAUUUUUGGGGCUUCCUUAUGUGCCUCCUUACUUUGGAUCUCCAAGUGGGAGCUUCGAGAAAGGAGUUAACUUCGCUGUAGCGGGUGCAACCGCAUUGGAACAGAGCUUUCUUGAGAGCAGAGGAAUUCAUUAUGCUUACACCAAUGUUAGUUUAGGAGUUCAGCUUAAGAUCUUCAAGGAGAGUUUACCAAAUCUAUGUGGCACACCUUCAGAUUGUAGAGAGAUGAUUGGAAACGCUUUGAUUAUCGUUGGAGAGAUCGGAGGGAAUGACUAUAACUUUGGAUUCUUGGUUGGGAAAAGCAUCGAGGAGAUCAAAGAGCUGGUUCCACUAGUAAUCAGUACUAUUUCUUCUGCGAUUACGGAAUUGGUUCACAUGGGAGGUAGAACGAUCAUGGUGCCUACGGACCUCCCUAUCGGAUGUUGGACAGCGUUUUUAACGCAGUAUCAAAAAUCAAACAAAGAAGAAUACAAUCCUAUAACAGGAUGCUUGAACUGGCUAAACGAGUUUGUAGAAGAUCACAACAAGGAGCUUCAAAGAGAGCUCAACAGACUCCAGAAACUCUACCCCCAUGUCACAAUCCUAUACGCUGAUUACUACAACGCCAUGUUACAUAUUUUCCAAGAACCGGCCAGAUUCGGAUUCAUGAAUCGAUCUUUGUCCGCAUGUUGUGGAUCAGGAGGUCCAUACAACUUCAACAAUGGUAUUCAGUGUGGAACUAAAGGAGUGGAUUGUUGUAUUGAUCCUUCUAAGUAUGUUCAUUGGGACGGUUUUCAUUUGACUGAGUCUGCGUAUAGGUGGGUCGCCAUGGGAUUACUUGAAGGACCCUACACGCUUCCUGCUUUCAACUGGUCAUGCCCUGGCUUUGAUAUUAAGAGCAGAACAUCAUCAGGUAGACGGUAUUCUUUUAGCAGUAGGUGAAUGAUGAUACAAGUUGUUCACAAAGUCUUUGUGAGAGAAUUAAGUUGGUGAGGAAUAAGAGUUGUAUUGUAUCCCUAAUGUGUUUGUUUCUAGUGAAAAAAAUGAACUCUUUGCACUUGCGGAUCAAAUUGAUAUGAAGGGUUAAUCUCAU